CGACACCAGCCCGCAGCGAAGAAAGCCGCAGGAUGCUGGUAUAGGCCUGUGUCGCAUUACUACGUCCAGUCAUACCUUGUAAUACUGACAGCGGCUUUCCAAGUCGCCGAGCUUUCAAUAUGGCUUCGACCAAAAGAAGAUUAGCGGACGAAGGGCCCUCCGCCAGCCCAGCGAACAAGCGGUCGAAAUCGGAUUCUACGUCGAAGAGCCACGACUCUGUCUCCGAGCAAAACGAGAGCAAGAAGGCUAGACAUGUCUCGGUACUUACCAAGGAACAAGCAGCGUUUCCUCGAGGAGGUGCAGGACUACUCACUCCGCUUGAACGGAAACAAAUCCACGCAAAAGCCACCCGAGAUGUUGCAAGAGAAAGAAAGAAUCAGGAUUUGUUCGGUGAGGGGCGGACAGAAGCCCAAGACACGAGCGAUGACGAAGCUAGCAUGGCCUCGGAGACAGAGGUGAAGAAAGCCACAAAAAAGUCAAAAAAGAACAAACGGCGGCCUGAAGACUCUGCAACCGACACCCCCGCGGUGCAAAUCGGAGGUCUCAACUAUAAACGAAUAACGACCGGAUCGCUUAUACUCGGUCAAGUGACGUUCAUAAGUGAAAGAGCUUUGACAGUAGCGCUGCCAAAUAACUUGGUGGGAUACGUUCCUUUGACUGCAGUCUCUCCUCAGUUGAGCGAGAAGAUUCAGGCGCUACUGAACGAGGACGAUGAAGGUACUAGCGAAGAAGAAGGAGACAAGAGCGAGAAAGACAUUGUUCUUACGCAGUACUUCAGAGUCGGACAAUACCUGCGAGUGGCCGUCACAUCUACAGAGCAGGAUAAGCCUGGAGGAAAAUCAUCCGCACGGAAGCGUAUCGAAUUAUCUGUUGAGCCAGCUUUGACCAACGUUGGUCUCACCCGAGGCAACCUUGCGGCCGGCGCGACUGUCCAGGUCUCCGUUAGCAGUGUGGAAGACCAUGGCUUGGUGGUAGACCUGGCUUUGGAGGAACAGAGUGUCCGUGGUUUUGUACCUAGAAAACAACUACCAAGCGGUCUAUCUCUGUCUGAUGUCAGAGUAGGUGCGGUACUCCUCUGCAGCGUUCUUGAGGUUGGCUCCAACGGCAAAGUCGUAAAGCUCUCGGCAGACCUGUCCAUGGAUACGGCUUUGAAAAAAGCACCCUCCGUGGACUCGUUCCUGCCGGGCACGAAGACGGAAAUUCUGGUCACCGCUCGCACCGAGGCUGGGCUUGUCGGAAAAGUUAUGGGUCUUCUCGAUGUGACGGCCGACGUCGUGCAUUCUGGAUCCUUCAAGGACAAGGAAAGUUUUCUCGCCAAAUUCGAAGCCGGCAAAAAGGUGACCGGCCGCUUGAUCUGCAGCUUCCCGUUAUCAGACAACAAGAAACUGGGAUUCUCGGUGCUGGACAAUUUGUUGAACUUGGCAUCAGGCGCGGAAUCGCCAGAACAAGCCCAUGGAAAACUCGCGUUAUCUUCGACCAUCGACUCGGCACCAGUGAUUCGAGUGGAGUCUGGACUCGGAGUUUAUCUACAGCUGGAUCAGGACAACAUCGGCUUCGCGCAUAUCUCUCGCCUGUCGGACAAGAAGGUUGACUCCCUGUCAGAAUUGACUGGCCAGUUCAAACUUGGAUCCGAUCACAAGGCUCGAAUUAUUGAUUACAAUCCAAUCGACAAUCUCUACAUUGUCUCUCUUGAGCAGAAGGUACUCGAUCAACCAUUCCUGCGCUUUGAUGACGUGCCUAUUGGAGCCGUGGUCAAGGGAACAGUCGAGAAGAUCAUAGUUAGCUCGAGCGGUGUGUCGGGCUUGUUGGUCAAUCUUGCGGAGGGUAUUAGCGGCCUUGUUCCGCAAAUACAUAUGUCCGAUGUCGAGUUGAAACACCCAGAGAGGAAGUUCCGAGAAGGGCAGACAAUCACUGCAAGAGUCUUGUCAACCGACCCGGCAAGACGUCGUCUAAAGUUGACUUUGAAGAAAUCAAUCAUCAACAGUGAUCAGAAAGCAUGGUUUUCCUUCCAAGACAUCGAGGUCGGAGACUCUACCGUCGGCACAUUGACCAAAGUUGACCGCUUUGGUGCGGUUGUCAGAUUUUUCGGUCCGGUGCGAGGUUUUCUUCCGGUCAGUGAGAUGAGUGAAGCAUAUAUCAAGGAUGCUACUGAGCAUUUUCGCGUUGGUCAAGUCUUGAGCGUGAACGCCAUCAGCGUUAACGCAGCAGAGAAGCGCCUGACCGUCUCUUGUAGAGACGUCAACACCUCAAAUCCUUCGUUAGAGAGCUCUCUUACUGCAUUGCAGCCCGGCUCUCUUACAAGUGGUACUGUUUUUGAGAAAUCUCAAAAUGACAUCUUGCUGCGUUUGGAAGGCUCUGAUGCGAUUGCGCGGUUGGUGUUGGAUCAUGUGUCUGAUGGUUCGCUGAAGAAACGAGAGUCUGCUUUCAGCAAGAUAAGAGUUGGUCAGAAGCUGGAAAAUCUUGUCAUCUUACAAGUUCAGGCAAAGAGAAGACUCGUUUUUGUCACGAACAAGCAGAGUCUGGUGAAGGCUGCUGAAGAUGGUACUUUACUCAAAAGCUACAAGCAGCUCCAACCCAACGCAGAUGUCACUGGCUAUGUUUCUAACAUUACGGAGGAUGGUGUAUUCGUGAGCUUCGCUGAUAACAUCAGUGGCCUCAUCGCGAAGAAUCAGGUUCCCAUGGAGCACGAAGACGAGCCGGAUUUUGGCAUGAUGAAACUGCAGCCGGUCAGGGCAAGAGUCCUGUCCAUCGAUUACAAGGGCGCCACUCCGCGCUUCUGGCUUACAAUGAGAGACACAACCGUGGAUGUCGCAACAAAAGAAAGCUCUGUGUCAUCGGUACAGCAGUUACCGGACCUUAUUGAACCUGUCGAUGCAAUGCUCAAUAAGCUCGAUGAUCUAUCUGUGGGCAAGAUUACCAAAGCUCGAAUUACUUCCGUCAAGGAAACCCAGAUAAACGUGGAGCUGGCGAAGAAUGUCCAGGGACGCAUCGAUGCUUCCGAAGUCUUUGAUGAGUGGAAAGAUAUCAAAGAUCGCAAACGGCCAUUGAAGCAAUUCAGUCCGAAGCAAGAACUUGCUGUUAAAGUCAUUGGAGCGCACGAUACCAGAAAUCACCGAUUCCUGCCACUCACCCAUCGACAAGGCAAGAACACAGUGCUCGAGCUGUCGUGCAAGCCCGGCUCCGUCGCACAGCCUCAUAAGGCUAGCCUCAAGGUGGAGGACAUAAAAGCCGGCUCGACCUGGCUAGCGUUCGUGAACAACAUUACGGAGGAUUGCCUGUGGGUCAACAUAUCCCCAGCUGUCCGAGGAAGAAUCCGAGCCACAGACGUGUCUGAUGAUCUAUCGCUUGCAUCCAACCUGGAAGCGAACUUCCCCGUUGGUUCCGCUCUUCGAGUGCAUGUUGUCUCUGUCGACUUAGAGAAAAACCGACUUGAUCUUACUGCCCGGUCGGACGCUUCCGUUGGUUCACUGACUUUCAAGGACCUUUCCAAAGGACUAAUCCUCCCUGGUCGAGUCACAAAAGUGACGGACCGUAAUAUCCUGGUUCAGCUUAGCGAACAGGUUGUGGGCGCUGUUGAAAUGAUCGACAUGGCCGACGAUUACAAGGAGGCGAACUCUGCGAAAUUCCAGAAGAACGAUGUCCUCCGGGUCUGCGUACUGGACGUCGAUGUACCAAACAAGAAGGUGUCUUUGUCAACACGUCGGUCGAAGGUGUUGAGCUCUUCGUCACCAGUCACCGACCCAGAGAUCACCUCGCUCAAGCAACUUUCUGUCAAUGAUGUCGUUCGAGGCUUCAUCUGCAAUGUUGCUGACAAAGGUAUUUUCGUGACCCUCGGUCAUGGCAUCACAGCCUUUGUGAGAGUAAGCCAUCUGUCGGAUCAGUACCUGAAAGAUUGGAAAGAUCACUUCCAGCGAGAUCAGCUUGUUAAAGGGAAGAUCACGUUGGUUGAUGAAGCCUCUGGCCAUGUCCAAAUGAACCUGAAAGCGUCGGCGCUGGAUCCCACCUACAAGGCCCCACUUACUUUCAACGACCUGCACGUCGGGGAUCUUGUCACUGCGAAAGUCGUCAAGGUCGAAUCAUUUGGCGUCUUUCUGGUUGUAAACAAUUCUGAAAACGUCCGUGGACUCUGCCAUCGUAGCGAAAUAGCCGAGCAGCGCAUUGAAGAUGCAACCAAGCUAUUCGAGGAGGGAGACACUGUCAAAGCUAAAGUGCUGAAACUUGAUCCUGCCAAUCGCAGGGUCAAUUUUGGCAUGAAAGCGUCCUAUUUCCCCGACAUUGCCGAGGAUGAGGACGCGAGUGAAGCGGACUCUGGCGAAGGAGUUGAUCUCGACGAAACCAUGGAAGACCCCGACGAUGACGAAGCUGAGGAAGCAAGCGAAGAUGAAGAAGACGGCCAAGCACUCGACGAUGAGGACGAGGACGAUGAUGAAGCUGACGACGAUCAAGCCAUGGACAGCGACGAGGAAGCCGCGCCUGAAGCAGGCACCAAAUCACAAGGUCUCAGUGUGGGCGGCUUUGACUGGACUGGGACCACUGAAAGUGGCAAUACCCGGGCUAAUAAGCGUGCCGUUAAUGCAUCCGAUUCCGAAGACGAACAAGCAAGAAAAGCACCAAAGAAAAAGAAGAAGCGAGCUGUGCCUAUCGUUGAUCGCACCGCAGACCUGGAUACGAACGGUCCACAAUCUGCCGAUGAUUUCGAGCGGCUGCUCUUGGCCGAGCCGGACUCUGGGGAUCUUUGGAUUCAGUAUAUGGCUUUCCACCUCGGACUCGAGGAGGUGGACCAGGCACGCGAGAUUGGCGAACGUGCUUUGCGAUCAAUUGCAGUAGGUCAAUCGGAAGAGAAACUGAAGGUCUGGACAGCCAUGCUGAACCUGGAGGAUGCUCGUGGCGACGAUGAUUCGCUCGAGGCGAUUUUCAGACGUGCUUUGGAAUACAACGACCAACAGGAGAUACACACGCGGAUGACGAGUAUCUUGAUCCAGUCGGGCAAGUACGGCAAGGCGGAUGAGAAGUUCAAAGAAAUGCUGAAGAAAUUCAAGGCGGAUCUGGAUGUGUGGGUCAAUUAUGCAACAUUCUUGUUUGAUGUUGUCAACAAGCCGUACGAUGCCAGAGAGUUGCUGCCACGUGCAAUGAAGACACUGACCGGUGCGAUGAAGGACAAGAAGGAGGAGAAGAAGGCGACUUUCGAGUUGACAAAAGCCUUUGCGCUGCUGGAAUUCAAGUCGAGGAAUGGAUUACCAGAACGAGGACGCACAUUGUUUGAAGGCAUGCUCGCCGAGUUCCCAAAGAGACUGGACCUAUACAACAUCAUCCUCGACCAGGAGGAGAAGUUGGGCGACACGGAGAAAAUACGGGACACUUAUGAGCGUGUUGUCGGGGUGAAGCUCAGCAAGAACCAAGCGCAACAUUUCUUUAAGCGGUGGCAGAAGUUUGAGGAAAAGCAUGGUGAGCAGCGCAGCGUCGAAGGAGUCGUCGCUAGAGCUACAGAGUGGGCUCGGAAUUAUAAAGCUCGAGGGGAGAAUGCUGAGUAGUGUCCAGCCGGGAAGGCAGGUGAGCCAUCGAGGCGAGAAGAAUCCCAGAUGGAUAUGCAGAAGGCGUUCGGACAGAGAAAAAUACUACUACUGCGUACUGAAGAAAUACGCUUUGCCAGAGACCAGGAAUGUGGAUUGACUCGUACGUUCGGGAUUUGCUUCGAGCAUGAACCAUUUUAUCGGCGAAGGGAAAGUUUCAAGUCAGCUAAAUUGAAGGCAUCUGACUUGCG